AUGAAAAAAUGUAAACUCAAAUGUUGUCUAUUUUUAAUAUUGUGCAACUUGAAGAAUAAGUUAUUAGGAUGGUUUGUAUUUAAGCCAAUUAAUCUUACCUAUCAAUUUAAAGAAUACGAUCUAGAAAAUUCAAAUUUAUAGGAAUAUUCAAUUUAAAGUGAAUAAUUUUCAAUCAAUUUUGUUAAAUCUCCUAGCAUAAAUUUAGAAGAUAAAUUAUUAAGUAAUAAGCAAUCUCUAAUAUAAACUUAAAAAAAUAAAUUAACAUUUUAUUAGAUCUAAUUAUUAUAGGAUUUAAAUAAAGAAUGGCCUAAUGAUUUGGAAAUAGAGGGUUUAUACUUGGAUACAAAAAAUGGAAAAUUGGCCAUAGCUUUAAUAUAACCAUUAAAUUAUGAAAUUAAAAUGGUAUUAAUUCAUUCGCAUUCUAAUCAUCCAGAUAUUGGAUGUUGUAUGGAUGAAUAUAUUGAUUUUUGUAAUAAAUUCAAAAUAAUGAUUAUUGGAUAUGAUUAUCCUGGAUAUGGGCUUAGUCAUGGUGUAUCUAGUUAAGACAGUAUUUUCAAUGCUAUUGAAUGUGUUUAUCAUUUUGCCUUAUCUCUUGGAUUUUAGAACUCUUAAAUUUUAUUAUAUGGACAAUCAUUAGGGACGAGUCCUUCUUUAUAUCUAGUAUUUUGAUUGAUAAUAUAGGCAAGUUAAAUUAAAAUCGGUGGAAUUAUUAUCAAGUCCAGUUUUAAAUCUAUUCUGAAUAUAAUUUCAAAUCAUGAGUAACUUCACAAUUCUGAUAUCUUCAGGAAUUAUGAAAUUAUUGAAAAAGUCACGUCUCCAAUAUUGAUUAUUCAUGGGAAAUUAGAUAAUUUAGUAGAUAUCCACUAAAUUAUGGAAAUGAGUUACAAGGCUAAAAACUUAAUAGAGGUCUUUAUCAUUAAUGAUGGAAAUCAUAAUGAUUUUGGAUCUCAGUCAAAAGAGUUUUAUGAGAAAAUAUAAAAUUUUAUUAAUAUAUUACAAACACUUUGA